UCUGCCAUCAUCCAUCCAUCUUGCUAUGUCCUCAUAAAAGUCAAUUAGGUUGGUCAAGCACGACUUCCCCUUGGUGAAGCCAUGUUGACUGCCCCUAAUGACACUCUCACCCCUGGUAUGCCUUGAGAUGGCACCAAGAAGUCAUUCCAUCAGUUUCCCAGGGAUGGAGGCGAAGCUGACCUCCCCCUUUUUUUAGUAUAAUAAAGUGUUGUCAGUAAUACCAUUAGCAAAAGAGGGGUGGAGAAAAUUAGUGUAUUGCAACAUUAAUAUACAUGUCUGCUUAAGAACAAGUGCUUAGUAUCCUGUGCCGUCACCUCAGAAACACUUGAGAACAAAACUUAAGACCACGUAGUUUAUUUAGCCUUCACUUCCAUUGAAGUGAAAUGGCAUCUGUUUAUACAACUUUAGCAAUAAUAGGAAUAUUUUUCAUUUCUCCUUUUAUAAUACCAGCACUAGUUUUGUUGGGGUUACUUUAUGAUUUUUUGAAGUCUGAACUGCCACCUGGAAUCGACCAACCUCUAAAGCUUCGUGUGUUCAAUUCAUUGCUGGUUACAAUCAUGAUCUUGGGCAAGAUCUUGAAGAAGCUGGGGAUCUGCAGUGAUUUAAGCUUAUUGCGAGUUGCGCUAGAUGGAAUACCACCAUGGAGAGAUUCAAAACUUCUUAUCAGAGAUCUCAAAGUAGAUGAGGUACCGCUGAGGAUUUAUCAGCCUAAAGCGCCACCUACUGGCAAAAGAAGAGGAAUACUUUAUUUUCACGGAGGCGCUGGCACGUUUGGGAGCAUUAGAGCCUUUGAAAGAAUAUGCCGCCAUAUCGCCAAAAAAUGCAACGCAGUGGUUGUGUCUGUUGGUUAUCGUUUGGCUCCUGAACACCCAUACCCAGGGCAAUAUUUUGAUUGCCUCAAUGCCACCUUAUACUUUAUGAGGAAUUUAGAAGAGUAUCAUGUGGAUCCUGCUCUCAUCAUCAUUAGCGGUGACAGCUGUGGAGCUAAUUUUGCCACGGUUAUUUGCCAAAUACUGCUGAAUAAAAGAGAUCUCCCAAAAGUACGUGCUCAGGUCUUACUUUACCCAGGACUCCAGGCGCUAGAUUUCCAUUUGCCUUCCUAUCAGCAGAAUGCUUCAGUCCCCAUAUUGUUUCGGAAGCUAGUUAUCUACUUCUGUUUUCGUUACCUUAAUAAAGAACCAGACGUUUUGGAAGAUGUCCUACAAAACUGCCAUGUUCCUGAGAGUAUGAAACAGAAGUAUAAAAAAUGGAUAAGUGCUGACAAUAUUCCUGAUGAAUUUAAGAUUAGAGGCUACGUACCACAGAAACCCACUUCAUUUAAACCUGAAGUCCAUGAAGCAAUCAAAGAAAUUUUAGCAGGAACAUUUUCCCCACUUUUAGCUGAAGACUCCAUUAUUUGCCAGAUGCCUGAAUCCUACAUUGUGACCUGUGAGUUUGAUGUGCUUAGAGACGAUGGAUUGUUAUACAAGAAGCGAUUAGAGGACAACGGCAUUAAAGUAACCUGGUAUCAUUCUGAGAGUGGUUUCCAUGGAAUUGUAUCUUUCUUUGGUUAUGGGAUUUUUUCCUUCUUAUCUGCAAAAAAGAUAAUGGAUAAUACUGUGAAUUUCAUAAACAGUUUAUAAAGCUAUUUUUCAGAACAAAGAUGCUAGUCUUACAUUAUGCUUGGCAAAGAAUGUAAACAUGGUUGUUCUAUGUUUUGGAUUUUGACUGGAUUUUGUACUUUCUAAUUUCUCCUUCUGCAAUGACUCUCAAUUAUUUAAAGCACCACCAUUCUAGAAAACAUUAUAAAACCAUAUCAGCAUGAUGGAGAUGCAACAGCAAGGCACCUCCCACAUACUGUUUCAGCUCAGCUCUAGCAUCUCGGCGUGGCUGGCACACAUUCCAGGCAAGCAGCAAGAACAUCUCUUCCAGAAGAUUCUUCAGCUGCCCAGAAAUGCUGAAGACAACAACUGGCAGCAACUUCAGCCCCUGUGAGAGACUGGAGAUGGCUGGGGUACCAGAUGGAGAGCCCAAGGACUCAGGUUUUGGGAAGUCUUAUGUCAGGUAGUGAAUUUGCAGCUAUGCAUUUUAAUUCCUAGGGUUAGUUUGCACAAAGGCUACACUUCUCUUGAAAAAGUGUAGUCAAAAGAAAGGCUUCUGGAGCAGAAGUGCUAAACCAGAGCUAGUGUGGGUUUGAUGUUGUCUGUAAUCUGAUAAAUGAUGGUUCAUUUUGGAACUUGAUUCUUAAACUGGAAUUCCUAAACUUUAAUGAGAGAUAAACUGAGCAUGAAUCUAAACUCAGCCUCCUGUGUUGCUUUUUAACCAUGUUCUUCUUUUAGAGGAAAACACAAAUGCAAAAACCCCCCGAUAUUGAGGUAAUGAGAUAAUUUCAUAAGUGCACCUUUCCAAAAAAACAUUG